CCUUUCACUUCCUCUCAAGGAGGGAGAGAGAGUAAGGCUACGCCCUAGCCGACCCACGGCUGGCUUCGCGUCACAGGAACUUCAGCACCCACGGGGCGGACAGCGCUCUCCCCCACCUGAGGACCUGACUCUGGAGCUCCCGGAGCCUUCCUAAUCCCUUUACUGAGUAGCGGCGCGGAGCUCCCCGGGCCGCUGGGUCCCUGCUACUCUUCCUCCCCUCACCCGCCCUCCUAGCUCUUCCUGUUUUUACUCCUCCUUUUCAUUCAUAACAAAAGCCACAGCUCUGGGAGUCCGGCGCCAGGCUGUUUCUGAAGCCAAGCGUGGAAGAAUGGGGUUCCUUUGGACCGGCACUUGGAUUCUGGUGUUGGUGCUCCAAAGCAGCCCAAUUCAAGCUUUUCCCAAGCCGGGAGGCAGUCAAGAAAAAUCCCUACAUAAUAGAGAAUUAAGUGCAGAAAGACCUUUGAAUGAACAGAUUGCUGAAGCAGAAGCAGACAAGAUUAAAAAAACAUACCCUCCAGAAAACAAGCCAGGUGAAAGCAAUUAUUCCUUUGUUGAUAACUUGAACCUGCUAAAGGCAAUAACAGAAAAGGAAAAAACUGAGAAAGAAAGACAAUCCAUUAGAAGCUCCCCAUAUGAUAAUAAAUUAAAUGUGGAAGACGCCGAUUCAACCAAGAAUCGAAGACUGAUUGAUGAUUAUGAUUCUACUAAGAGUGGACUGAAUCAUAAAUUUCAAGAUGAUCCAGACGGCCUUCAUCAACUAGAUGGAACUCCUUUAACUGCUGAAGACAUCGUCCAGAAAAUUGCUACCAGGAUUUAUGAGGAAAAUGACAGAGGAGUAUUUGAUAAGAUUGUUUCUAAACUGCUGAAUCUUGGCCUCAUCACAGAAAGCCAGGCACACACACUAGAAGAUGAAGUAGCAGAGGUUUUACAGAAAUUGAUCUCAAAGGAAGCCAACACUUAUGAGGAGGAACCCAAUAAACCGACAAGCGUGACUGAAAGUCAGGCUGGAAAAAUACCAGAGAAAGUGGCAAUGGAGACUCCAAUGGCAACAAUUCAAGAUGGUUUUACUAAUGGACAAAAUGAUGAAACAGUAUCUAAUACCUUAACCUUGACAAAUGGCUUGGAAAGGAGAACUAAAAUCUACAAUGAAGACAACUUUGAGGAACUCCAAUAUUUCCCAAACUUCUAUGCACUACUGAAAAGUAUUGAUUCAGAAAAAGAGGCAAAAGAGAAAGAAACACUGAUUACUAUCAUGAAGACAUUGAUUGACUUUGUGAAGAUGAUGGUAAAGUAUGGCACAAUAUCUCCAGAAGAAGGUGUUUCCUAUCUUGAAAACUUGGAUGAAACUAUUGCUCUUCAGACCAAGAACAAGCUAGAAAAAAAUGUUACUGACAAUAAAAGCAAACUUUUCCCAGCACCAUCAGAAAAGAGUCAUGAAGAAACAGAUAGCACCAAGGAAGAAGCAGCUAAGAUGGAAAAAGAAUAUGGAACACUGAAAGAUUCCACGAAAGAUGAUAACCCAAGAGGAAAGACAGAUGAGCCAAAAGGGAAAACAGAAGCCUAUUUGGAAGCCAUCAGAAAAAAAUAUUGAAAUGGUUGAAGAAACACA